AUGGAACUCCUCUUGGACAUUUACCAUCACAUGGACGUCGGCAGCAUUUACGAAUUGUCUGCCAUCAACAAGUUUUUCCACAACCUUUUCACUACACGCAAGGCAGCCAUCCUGUUUCCGGUAUUGGCUCGAGAGUUCAGUCCAUUCGACGAGCUCCUGCAAGUCUAUACCGCUACAGCGAACGAUCUGCCAAGCACGGCACGCAGCCUGUACCAGCCCCGGCGAAUCAUCUUCAGGCGCUUCACUGGGGACGCUGGCAUUGUGCUGGCGGAUGGCCCUUCCGUGGCUCAGACGAAGCCUGUACACACCCAAGUUAAUGGACGCGGGCGUGGCGUACGGGGUGGUAUUGAUCUCCGUGGUCAUGGCCACAUUGUUCUCACUGAAGAAGACCUUGGCCCCAUUAUUGAGCUUUGCCUGCUGGUCCGUAAAUGGGAGUCGCUGUUCCCCUCAAUGAGAUGGUACUAUGAUCCGGCCCGUUGUCGAACACUGAGGCCGCACGAGGGAGAACGCUUCCGCAGAGCGUUCUAUCGAUGGUGGCUUUUCGGCAUUUACUUCCACGGAGACAUGCCCAGACCACGCGUGGGCCUGCCCGAACCCUUUGCGGACGACUUCAGGAGCAGUCUCAUUCGACACUACCCUACAAGCCAGCUGCUGGAGUUGAUGGAUUUGAUGGAAACGCUGAAGGAUAUCAUCCUGCACUACAUUUGCCCGCGGCUGAACGCGAAUGAGCAACUGAAUCUCAAUGAACAACCCCCGCUUAUAGACAGCGUUGAUCGCAUGCAGUCCAUGUCGGACAGCUGGAACGAUCAGAGUCGCUGGGGCCGCGUCAUCAAGACUUACUUCAAGCUUGGCCCCAGAGAUCUCAUGUAUUAUUUCGACAACAUUUGCAGCUACCCUCGGAGGCGUCUGAUUGGAGAAAUCCGGGCCAAGUUUGCGACUUUUACUUUCGACCAGGAAUCCAUACAGCUCACUGUUCGCUGCGUCUUGGAUGAGCGACAGUGGCUAGUCUCUUCCCCAAGCCUGGCAACUGACGAGUCCGGCGGCAUCAUUGACUUCGACGACGAGCGGGACCUUGAACGUUCAGUGUUCAAUAAGGAUGGCAGCCCUGACGGCGGAUUACCCAACGGCAAGAGGCCGGCUGGAGACCUCGACAUGGACGCACCCCCGGUCGAGGACCACCACAUGAGGGACGUCGAUCCCUUGGAGACUGAAGAUGAUAGCGGUCAAACGGAUCAGACAUCGGGACCUCAUUCGGCAGCCACAAGCUAUGAUGACGCCGACACUGAGCCAGACAGUCUGGCUCUGGAACAGUUGAAGCGGCGAGGUCUCUUGCCAACAGGACUUUGCUACGACAGCAGGAUGAAAAUGCACAUGAAUGCCGAGUUCAGCAACAACGCCCAUCACCCGGAGGACCCUAGGCGCAUACACGAGAUCUUUGAAGCUUUCAAGCGCGCCGGCUUGAUUUACCAGGGGCCGCCAGAACUCGCUGCCAGAGUGUUCAAAGAGAUGCCCACGCGGUACAUGUGGCGCAUACCAGCGAGAUUCGCUCUGGAUGCGGAGAUAUGUCUAGCGCAUACACCAGCCCACCUGUCUUGGGUCAAGGAGACGGAGAACAUGAGUCUUGCGGAGCUACGCGAGUUGACUAAGAGGUACGACUCGACACGCGAGUCACUCUACGUGGGUAGCCUCUCUUGCUACGCAGCGACCUUGUCAGCAGGCGGUGCAAUUGACACGUGCAAAAACGUCGUUGCCGGGAAUGUCAAGAACGCGUUCGCGGUGAUCCGGCCUCCCGGACAUCACGCUGAGAUGGACCAGCCUAUGGGAUUUUGCUUCUUCAACAAUGUUCCAGUGGCGGUGCGCACAUGCCAGAAGGAAUACCCCGAGACGUGCCGGAAGGUCCUCAUCCUGGACUGGGAUGUACACCAUGGCAACGGCAUCCAGAACAUCUUCUAUGAUGACCCCAACGUACUCUACAUCUCUCUGCACGUCUACAUGGACGGAACUUUCUAUCCUGGACGUCCCGAGAACGAUGCAAUCCCAGACGGGGGCAUCGAGCACUGUGGUGCUGGCGCAGGACUAGGGACCAACGUCAACAUCGGGUGGCAUGCGCAAGGCAUGGGAGAUGGAGAAUAUAUGGCCGCCUUCCAGAAGAUUGUGAUGCCCAUCGCUCAGGAGUUCAACCCCGAUCUCGUGGUGAUUUCCGCUGGCUUUGAUGCGGCGGAUGGGGAUGAGCUGGGGGCGUGCUUCGUCACACCAGCGUGCUACGCGCACAUGACACACAUGCUCAUGUCGCUCGCCAAUGGUCGUCUAGCAGUCUGCUUAGAAGGAGGCUACAAUCUGAAUGCAAUCUCGAAUUCGGCCGUUGCGGUUGCGCGCACGCUCAUGGGCGAGCCGCCUCCACAGAUGACGAUACCGAAACUCAACAAGGAGGCGGCCAGAGUCCUGAACAAGGUACAGAUCUACCAGUCACACUAUUGGCAGUGCAUGCGUCCCGGCGUGGUCGACAUGGCCCUCGCCCAGUCCAACAGGUCGCAGCGCUUGCACGAUUUUGUGAGAACUGCCCAGAAGGAUGUGUUGAUGAUGAAGCACCACAUGGUACCAUUGUACAUUCAGAGGGAGAAGCUUCACCGUACUUUUGAAAAUCAGGUCCUGGUCACGCCGACAAUCGAGAUGGCGCGCAAGGUAUUGAUCGUCAUUCAUGACCCGCCUGAGCUGCUGUCGCAGCCUGAAUACGGCGACCACACGCGCCUUGAGCUACACAAUUCGUUCAUCGUGGAUGGAGUCACAAGCUAUAUCGAUUGGGCGCGUAAAGAAGGCUUUGGCGUCAUGGACGUCAACGUGCCUAACUGCGAGCUCGAAAGACAGACUGCGAGUCUUAUGGAGUGGCUUUGGGACAACUACAUCGAGCUGUACGACGCAAACCACAUCUUCCUGGUGGGUGUGGGUAAUGCCUACCUCGGUGUGAAGAUGCUCCUCAUCAACAGGCCCUGCAGAGAGCGCAUUUCUGGGGUCGUCAACUUUGUGAACGGCAAUCUGCGACCCGUCAAGUCUCAGACUGACGAUGGGUUGUCCCCGUGGUACAAGCAGAACUCUCAAGUCUACGUCGCAGCCGACCACAACUGCUGGCUGGACCCCUCGCUCGCCCAGAAGAUUGAGAAGCGCCGGUUCGGCACCGUUGUUCGUAGUAAGGAGAGCGGGCUGACCAGAAUGAUGGAUGCGCACGCCGAAGAUGUACAGCGGUGGAUACGGGAUCGGGUUUCUGAGGAAGAGGAUAGUGGCGAUACCACGGAAGAGUCGUCCUAG